AUGUUUGAGUCCUAUGAGCAAGUCUGCGGAGGGGAGGACGACUCGCUUCUCUGGUCCAAAGAUCUCGAGAAGCUUUCACACGGUGAGUUUCUCGUUUGCUGUUGUCCAGACAAUGCUGUCCUUGAGGAUAAGAGCCAAGUUGAGACUGGCAGGCAUGCCACUUUUGUCGGUGUCUAUGAUGGCCAUGGUGGCCCUGAGGCCUCAAGAUACAUAUCCGACCACUUCUUCGACGAUCUGAUUAGACUUGCUCGGGAAAAUGGAGCGAUGUCGGAGGAUGUACUCAGAAGUGCAUUUUCUGAAAUAGAAAAUGGGUUUCUCACACUCGUUAGAAGAGCUUAUGCAAUAACACCAGUGCUUGCACCAAUUGGUUCGUGUUGCCUGGUUGGAGUUAUAUGGAAGAGAAUGCUAUAUGUUGCUAAUUUGUGUGAUUCUAGAGCUGUAAUGGGAUGUUUGAACCGGUCGUAUAAAAUUGUGGCCGAGCAGCUAACUCGAGACCAUAAUGCCUGCAUGGAAGCGGUCAUGAAAGAGUUGACAAAUCUGCACCCUGAAGAUUCACAUAUCGUUGUGAUGAAGCUAGGGGUUUGGCGUAUUAUGGGAGUCAUACGGGUAUCCAGAUCCACUGGCGAUGCUUACCUCAAGAGGCCAGAAUUUGCCCUCGAUCCAUCUUUCCCACGGUUCCCCCUUCCCCAGCCUCUCCAGAGACUUAAAAUCUUGAGAGAACGAAUGGGUGAGCAACUGGAUGAAUUCAACAACAUCAUGGAUGCUCAUGAGAAUAUCGAUGCCAGUUUGGAAGACAAGGAUAAAACAACCAUACUCUUGAAUUGA